AUGUCGAUUUCGGCAGCCCCGCGGCCACUGCCGCCCCUGACCACCUCGGACCCACGGUCAUUCUACACUAUCGUCGUCUCAGGUGAGAAUUUCCCCCUGACCAUGUCAGCGAUUCAAUAUGACGCGCCCAACUUCUUUUCCGAGAUCUUUACAAAUCCGAAUCGGGAUGAGAGUACUACAAAGAUGAUGUAUAUCAACCGCAAUCCGGAUGUGUUUCGCGAUAUCGUGAAGCACAUGCAAGGAUAUUACGUUGCGGCCAGGGACGAGGUGCAUCUCGAGAAUCUCAUGAUGGACGCACAUUUCUAUAAGUUGAAUCGCCUCAUCGAGAACCUGCGCCAGACCAUGUUCGUAAACGUGAGCGGAACGCUCUUCAAGGUCGCUCGAGAAACCAUUCUUAACGACUCGCCCAAUUUCUUUGCGCUUCUCGAGCCCUUCGCGGACCGUAACCUCACUCCGACCUUCUUCUGUCGGUCUCCAGAGCUCUUCAAAGACAUCCUCAGCCAUCUUCAGGGAUACGAAAUCCAUGUCCGGGACAAGAUCCAUCGCAGCAACCUGCUCAAGGAGGCCAGAUAUUUCAAACUCAAUAAUCUUGUUCAAAAGCUGUCGCUUGGGACAGAAUACAUCUACAGUGGAUUCCCCACCCGACCAGAGGACCGGAUCAAACCCGAGGUGACCAUGAUUCUGAAAAACAUCAAGGUCAAACAUGUCAUCGUCAAGGAAUGGCGGGAAUUCGUCAAGGAGGCCAGUACUGCCAGGACACAUGGAAUUUUCUCAGGAAACGAAGGCAGGCCUAGUAACCCCAUUAGCAUCGGUAGCGGCAGCAAUACGAGUAAAGCAGACGGACAGAAAGGCCAGGAUACCACAAUGGCCGAUAAUAGCAACAAAGAAAAGAUUCUACAACAUAACCGAGCACUCAUUCAGUCAGCGCAGUUGCAGGAUCUACUCUACAAACCCACAGCAGAUAUCGAACCCCUGGCUCUGAUCGUGGAGAUCUCCAGCAUUGAGCUUUUCGCCAUCUGGCCUGGAUCCGUCAACUCGUCCAUGUUGGGAGACCAACAUCUGCUUGUCUAUCGUGGCCAAGACCUGAUCUGUCUCAACAAGAUCUGCAAACAGCUCGGUCUCCAGACAUUGGCCAUGGCUGCCAAUGUUGUCCAGCUUUCGCCAAAUAUUUAUUUCUGCUUGGACGGACAGCCAUACAAGGGACAGGAUGAGCUCGAACCUAUCAUCCGGAAACUGGCCCUUACCUCAGCUAAGGUUACGCCACCUGGAAGAGCAUUACGUUUAUUUCUGGGGAGGGCAUUGGUCAAGAUCGGCUGCAAAUCUGGACAAAUAGUCAUGACGAUUGUCAAGGCCGAGGGUUGGAGCUCAGACAAGGAAUACAACGCGUGCAGGAAAUACCUGACAGAGGACAAGAAGGACGUAUCAGCCCUUUGA